AAAAAAGAAAAUUCAUCAUUAAACUGAAAUACUUGAAACCCAAAGAUUGAUUAGCCUCAAUGCUUAUGAAAGGGAUACGUAUUUGCAAGAAGAGAAGCCAAGCAUGUGCCACAUUUAGUUUGCUAUUCACUUAGCAACAACAUGAACAGGAGUUAUAAACAUGAAUUCUUGAAGGACUACUUUCUAUCAACUGGGCAACUUCAAGAUGUGGCUUUUAUUUUAUGGAAAGAAUCAUGGGAACUAGGGAAAAAUCCAAUGGCAAGUAAAGGAUCUCCGCUUCAUGGUCCACGCAUAAAGCUCAUUGAGAAGGCUCAAAACCUUUUCUUGGAGACUAAGGAACACACGUUUGAAGCAAAAGCUGCUGAAGAGCAUGCAAAAUUGUUAAGAAUUCAACACGAGUUAGAAGUCUCUACAAAGCAACCUAUUUUUGUUGAUUCAAGUAUCAGUGAUACUAUUAGAACAUGCAUUGCAAUGGGAAAUCAUCGAGCUGCAAUGAAAGUGAAAACAGAGUUUAAGGUUUCUGAGAAGAGAUGGUACUGGCUUAAAGUUUUUGGUUUGGCAACAAAACGAGAUUGGGAUGCUCUUGAAAAGUUUUCUAAGGAGAAGAGACCACCAAUUGGUUACCGACCAUUUGUGGAGGCAUGCAUUGAUGCUGAUGAGAAAAGCGAAGCGUUAAAAUAUAUUCCAAAACUUGCUGAUCCAAGAGAAAGAGCUGAGGCUUAUGCGCGGAUUGGCAUGGCCAAGGAAGCUGCUGAUGCUGCUUCUCAAGCAAAAGAUGGGGAAUUGCUCGGUCGAUUGAAAUUGAGUUUUGCACAAAACACAGCAGCCUCAUCAAUUUUUGAUACCCUCCGAGAUAGACUGUCCUUCCAAGGAGUUUCAUAGUCAUUCUCUCUGUAUUUUGUUCUUAUUUCCUUGAGUUAGCUGUGUGCAUGUUGGGUUAUUUUAAAGAUAAAUUGCUUGCAUGUUUUUUGGUUAUGCAUUCGGUACGUGCUUGCAGGUUUACCUUCAUUUGGCUUGUGAUGCUUUUGUUUUCAAUGCAUGGUUUCAUUUGCUAUUCUUGAAUGUAUUUAGCGGUUGGAACAGAAGCUGAUCCUCGAACGUAGAGUUGUUUGGGGCUUGGCUUCAAAAAGGCGUUUGGAAUGGAAGACAUCAGUUUUCGACUGCAAAUAAUUUUUAAAUCAAUUUAGAAGUAUUACGGCCUGUUUGUGGAAAAUAGUUUUCAUUUUCCAUGGCAAAUAAUUUUUCAA